AAAUUUCGCCAACCUUUCCAAAAGGCUUUAUAGCACCUUAUUUAGACGAAACAGAGGAAAAAGAAAGGACAGAUAGUCGUGUUAGUAUAGCUCGAUCUAUACCAAAAAGAGUUCUGAAACCAAGAGUUGAUUGAAUUGUUUCUCGUGUGUUUUGGGAUCUCCUUGAUCAUCAAAUACCGUCUCAAUAACCCCCAUCUAAAAUGGAGAAAACAGGGGAAGAUAAAUCUGCCAGAACCAUUACACUUGCUGGCAUUCUCUUAUUUCUUAACAUACUUAACUGGGCCAUUGUACUCAGAGACUUUUACUCAAGUUUUCGGUGUAUACUUCACAUGUUCAUAUGCCUUCUUCACCAUGCAUGGAAGAUUUGGGCCACGUAUCGAGAAGCUCCAUGCCAGAAACUUUGUAAUUGUAGUGAUGAAAAUGUGGAUGAUAAGAAGAGAGAAGAAGAGAAAAUGGUGCGGAAAGAUGCUGCUGCAUACUCAACCCAGAAGCUGCUUCUUUGUGAAAAUGUAGACGAUUACAAGCUUUCUGUGGGAGAAGUGAAAACGGUAAUGGAGAAACUAUGUGACCCAGAUGAUGAAAACUAUGAAGAGACUCAUGAGAUUGCAAGCCUGUUCGAGGAGGAUCAGCCAAGCCCAGAAGAACUGGAAGAAGCUUUUGAAAUGUUCGAUCAGAACAGAGAUGGGUUCAUCGAUGCAGGGGAGUUGGGAAAAGUGCUAUGCUCAUUGGGCCUCAUGGAACGUCCUUUGGAAGUAGUGGAAUGCCAAAGGAUGAUCAAAGUCUUUGAUGACAAUGGAGAUGGACGGAUAGAUUUCAAAGAAUUUGUUCAACUUGUGGAGCACAGCUUCUGCUGAAUUCUUAUUUUUAUUUUUAUUUUUUUCAGUUUCUUUCUCUCCUCAGUCCUCAUGCAGCCCAAACUACCCGUCUUGUUGUGUUGUAUUUGUUUAUGAGAACUGUUUUCGAGAACAAAAAUAAUUACAAAAAAAAAAAAAUCAAUUUUCUGUUUUUUUUUUUUUUUUUUUUUUUGGGCUAAAGAAGCGUUUGGUAAACUCUUUCCUAAAUCAGUUUCUGAAAACAAAAAUCUAGCCUAAUUUCAUUUGGACAAUUGUUCUGAAAAUAAUUUCUCUUCUUACAUGUCUUAAUCAUAGUCGACACUCUCUUCUCUCUCCUGAGAGAAGUUUUUUAUUCUUAUGCAUGUAACCACCUCCUCUGUGAGGGUUUCUUUCCACCUCUGUGCGGUUCUUACCGGGGGAGAAGGGAGAGACCUUGCUUUCUCCCUUCUCCCCAUUUUCUCUUUGCUUAGAGCAGUCGUUUCCCAUCUCCUCUUCGUAACCGGUCUUCUUCUUUUGCCUUCUUUUUCAACCAUGAGUAGCGAUGCCUUUGUUCUUCCUUCCCCGACCAUUUCACUCUGUCUGGUCACCACCCUUGGGCCGGUUUCCUCCUCCAAAAUACAUGUCGUUCAUGGAUCUACAGUGAUUCUCAAAUUUGGUACUCUCGAAGUCAAAUCUGUUACCAUCCGUUCAUCUUUUGCUCAGACGCGUCACACCACCAUCUUCUUCAGCCUCCCAACUUUCCACUGAUGUGUCCAUCGUCUUGGUCCAGGCACCACACGCUUGUUCGUCGAUCCUACGCUUAAGCGCGUGAAUUACACGCGUCGUCGGGUGUUCUCCGAGCUGCUGCCAGAAGCUCCUAGGCUAGUUUUCCUCUGCCUCGUUCUCUGUUUAAGUUGUUGCUUUAUGGACAUUUUUAUUGCUUUUUUUUAAUUUUUAUUGUAUUUUUUUGUUUUCUUUUUUUUGAAACUACUAUUGUAAUCUGAUGCAUGUUUGUUUUGUGGGUUACUGUCUCACAAUUUUUAAUUGUUUUGUUCUUAUUGUGGAGACUUUCGUAACUAAA